AGCUGGGGAGAGGAGUGCGUUUACGCGAUACGGUACAUGUACCUCCCCACCAUGACUGACCAAUGUUCCUGAGAUGCUCACCUGGAUCUAGUUUGAUUCCACAUCGUGACUCGUGACUCGUGGCACCUCUGCCUUUCCCCUCCCACUUCCGCUUAGCUGAGCGUAGCGGACGACCACAAAAUUAGCGCGGCACGGCCUGCACAAACCGCGGACGUCCCAUGGCAGCCUCCCGUUCCCCUCGCUAAGACAAAACAGGCCGGGACAUCGGAAGUAGCAUAGAAUCCUCCCGCCUCUGUGCGCUCCGCCUGCCGCCCCGCUCCGCCCCGCCCCGUUCCGCCCCGUUCCGCCCCGUUCCGCCCCGUUCCGCCCCGUCCCGCCCCGUCCCGUCCCGUCGCGUCGCGUCGAGUCCCGUCCGUCGCUUCUCGUCUUAUCCCGCUCCGUGGAGUCCCGUUCCCGUCCCAUUCGAUGCGCGCCAUCAUGCGCGGGGGUUCUCCGCGCCGUCGGCGCCGUCACGCGCUCCUUGCCAUGCGGGUAGCGGUCGCCCUUGCGCUGCUGCACGCCAUGGCGGAACUUCCGCCGCGGGGAGCAACCAUGGUGGAACGGAGCCAUGCACGCGCUAGUAGGCGUCGGUCGGCGUUUUUCCUGUUCGCCGCCGCGCAGAACAUAAGCGACGCAGAUAUGAUGGUGUUGGAGCAGCUCAAGGUGGAGUGGGGCGCCUUCCCCGGGAGCGCCACGUGGCAGAGCGGCAGACCGUGCGCGCGGAUGGCGGGGGUGACGUGUGACGCGAGGGGACACGUACUCAAAUUGGUGCUGAGCAGGAGGCAGCUCACGGGGUCGCUGCCAACGGCCCUCGCCGACCUCCCCUCCCUUCAGCACCUGGACCUGAGCAGCAACAGGCUGUACGGCGCCAUUCCCCUCGACUUUGCCAAUUUUCCCUACCUGCAGCGGAUCAACCUGCGCAGCAACCAGCUCUCCGGCUUCCUCCCCCAAGACUGGCCGCGCUCCCUCACCGCUCUCCUCCUCGAGAACAACUACCUGCUGGGCGACGCUUACCUCUCCUCCUGCCCCGCCACCCUCUCCCUCCGCUCCAACUGCCUCUCCUUCCCCCCCCCCUCCUCCUCCUCCGCUGCUUUCCGCUGCUCCCCCACCGCCCGCCACCCCCAGCGCUCCCUCUCCGCGUGUGCGGCCUUCUGCGGGCUCUCCCCCUCCGAGCCACCAUGCUCCGGCGUAGGAACGUGCCGCCCGGGGCGGGGCGGCCGGCCCACGUGCGAGUGCGAGGAGGGGUAUGUGAACCGGGUGGCACCGGGGUCGUGUGUGCCUGAGGCGCUGACGGACUCCUUCUCGCUGUCUCUUGCGGAUUCCCCUUCCCUGCGCUUCAAGGGCUCGGCGUUCCUCUCGGCUCCGAAGUCUGGCACCUCUGCGGUCGCGGUGGCGGCUGCUGCUGCUGAUGCUGCUGCUUCUACAGCUGUGCAGGAGGAGCAGUCUGCUGCAGUGCUGCCUCAAGGCAGUCCUGAGGACACGCGCCAAGACACGCCUCGAGGCACAGCCGCAACCACAACCACAACAAUAAAGCCCUAUCUCACUCUGAAUCCAGAUCCCGCUCCGAGCCCGAAUCCCGCUCCGAGUCCAACCCCCGCUCCGAGUGCGGAUCCGGACCCGCCCUUUUAUGUGCCACCGCCGCCUGCCAGCUCCCUGGACGAGCUCGUGGUGAGUCCUGCUGUGCGCGGUGCGUGGGGCACCGUGACCCUCCUCCCUCUCAUCACCCUCUUCACCUUCUCCUCCCUGCAAGACCCCUGCGGCCGCCCGCUCGCCUUCAAC